AUGGCGUCCACGAAGGUGAACACAGUUGAUGAUUUCUUCCAAAUUGUGGCUAGUGGCUCCGUAAGUGACCUGUUAAAAAUAAUCGAAAAAGAAGGACGUGAAAAAUCCACUAAGCUGGCCCAGUCCUACAAUGAAAUGGGGGCAACACCUCUGUUGGUAGCCAUUGGCAAGAAAGAUUUCCAAGUGAUGGAACUCUUGGUCGAAGUGAUGGGAGCUAGCAUCGGUCAAAUCGGUCACUUUACGUCGAACGGUGUCGAUUACGCCGACUGUCCGCCACUCUUCGCUGCCAUCGUCUCUGACCAACUUUCGUUUGUCGAGUACUUGUUCAAGAGAAAGAUGACCAGAGAUAAACCAUCAUUGGAUUUCGAUUCCUUCUUGUCGAGUUCCAUAACCUGUCGUCAGAAAAUCAACAUUCUGAAAUUGAUAGGAGCCACUUACAUGCUAUCAGGAAAUUGGAGUUCAUUCUUGCAUGGAUUGUCAUACUGGAAGAAGGCCAUGACACUCACGAGUUCUACUGCUGACGUAGAAAAGUGCCAGAUUCCCAACACAGUUCCUGUUUUUCGGUUUAUGGGCAGUACUUCAGAGUUGAUGGCAUUGGAACAAAUGGAGCGAAUGGCCAAAUAUGAAACGGUAUUCGAUCAACGAUUCGUGGUAGAUCAAGUUAUCAGCGUCAUUCAACGAGUUAUGAUCGAUAUGCAGCUCUUCCCUAAUAUGUUUAUCAUUUCACACUUUUUCUGCUACUCUUUGGCUCUGUUGCCAUCCCCACACGAGUUUCAGUAUAAAACUAGAGACGAGCUUGAAUAUCUAUCUAACGUUGUAGUUUAUACAUUAGAGUUGCUGAAACUGUGGUGGCAAAAAGAAAGUCCACGUGCUACAGAGCAGGAUUGGCAUGUCAGUGAACAAACCAUUUGCCAUUCUUGGAAUUUAUUUGAAAGCCUGAGAACGGCUAAUUACGUGUUGUCGUUUCGCGAUCUGAUGUUUGCGUUUGAUUUUGCUUUCCAACAUUUGCACAGGAUGUGCACAAAAUUCUGGCCAGAAGACAAACAAUUUCGCCCUACACGUAUCGGUCAGUUGACAAAAUUGGUGCUUGAUAUCUCUGUGUCCAUUUUUGGCAGGCUCUCCCGAUUCAGUCAAGAGGAACGUCAGCAAUUUAAACAGAGUCUCUCUCAUUAUGUUCGUCUUUCUCAAGGAUCAGGAAUAGACAGGCCAAAUCUUCUCCUUAAAGCAUGUUGUCUCAGCUAUGUUUCUCGUCAGAGAGAAGCCGAUUACGAGAAGUUCGUUCAACUAUUCUUGGAUGCUGGAGAAGAUCCCAACGCAACUGACAGCCAAGGCAAUACUCCACUUCACUGCUUGCUGGCAAAGAACCAAUAUGAAUAUUGGCUUACAAAUCCCUGGGACAAUCCAAAUAGAGCAGAACAUACUUCAGUCGUCAGCCUGAAUUAUGUGGCUCUUAUUAGACUUCUGUUGGAUUCCGGAUGUCAUGUUGAUCAACCCAACGAAGCCGGAGAAACAAUUUUGGAAUUGCUAAAACGAAGUAGGAAAAUGCAAGAAAAUUUCAACAAGCCCUUCGAUCAUUACCUCGAACUAGUGAUUAAUACUGUCCUACCCCUGACUUGUUAUUCUGCCCAGGUCAUCCGGAAGCACAACAUAUCUACAGAAGAGCUUCCUCUUCCUUUGCAGUUGUUUGUUCGACGACACUGAAGCAAGUGAAGCAUCCGGCGAAUCAAGAAAAUAAAAGUUGAACUAGUUUUGUUUUCAAUUUGACCUGUAGAUGGCUCCGUAUGUAUUACGUCGUACGUUCAUGUUGCACCAUGUGUGCUACGUCCGUUUCAAACCACGACAGUUUUGUUUCCUUCGUUUUUCUUUUGAAAAACAGGUCCUCAUUUUUGUUGGGAGCAAGUGGUGUACCCUGAUUAUGCCCCCCUGCAUUAAACCUCGAAAUAAAAUGUGAAUUGACACUUUGCAACUCAGAUUUUAACUGUAUUAACAAGGAAAAGUUUGUCAUUGUUGAAUGUCUCCAACAGGUGACGAACAACAAUGGACGACACCCACCGGUGAAACAUCUUCAGUCUCCACGACCAGGGCAGUGGACGUCACGCGGUAUCCUCUCUCAUCGGCUUGGUAAGUGACUUUUUGUUUUCUUCCACGAGAAUCGACGAAACUAUUGUAGAAAUAAAUAAGACAUUUAGAGAGUGUGAUAACGUCAUCACCGUCUAACUUUCUCCUGUUAAUCAGGCCGAGCUUUCGAGAGAGAAAAAAGCUUUUUAUCCCCAUCCAUCAAACUCGUAAAUAAAGCGCAUAAACAACAGCUUUUAAAAUAGCAAAAGAAGACACUUGCGUGUAGAAUCCUUUCACUGCUUUUCCCGGUUCACCGGUCUGUAAGUGGCUUCCUUCUGGCCCGUUGUACAAAACUGUGUAGUUGCCAGCAUCUUCUACCGGGUUCCUCCCCGCGGGGAGAUCGGAUGCUUCCGCCGCCGCCACAAAACACGCGAAGGCCAUCAGCUAACAAAGAAGAAGAUUAUAGACACUCACAACACGCAAACAAAAAGCGAAAGGUGAAAGGGACGUAUAAACACUCAUCAUCAAGGUAGCCAAACACAGGCCGACACGAAGCACUUCGUCGUACCUUGAAAAAACACAUCCUCCUUGUUUUGUUUUUUUCUUAUUUUCGGAAACUGGGGAUGCUUCGAUGCUACCGCUGCCAACUCACUUUAUAGACUGUUGCAAGUCGAGUCUUUCUCUUUCAGUUAUAUAGCCUUUCUGAAUGCCGAUGAAUAUGUGUGGCGUUUUUCAAUUGUAUCUCUUGAAAGUAUCAGACAGUUUUAACAUCAUCGCGCAGAGCAUUCGGCAUUGGUGAAUGAGACGAGGCGUUGAUGAAAACCGAGAGAAAAUGUCCAGUCCUUGUUGGUCAAACCUUUUUGAAUUUUGAGUCUUUUGAAUCUGGGUUAGCUGCGCUUGUCAGUUCUCUAGAAAAUCCGAUUCUAAUCGCAUCGCACCUUUCUCGGCUUACGAUUUCACCUUACCAUUUUUCUUUUCGCUUCCGUACAAAAACAAAGAAAGUAGUAAAACUACGAUCAUAUUUCUUAUCGAAUUCGUUUAUUUUUUCCGUAACAGUAGCGAAAACAGUUAAAAGAGAUUUUGAUUCGGCGAUGCGAGAAGGAAUAAAAGACGAAUCAAUUGGGUAGUCGGAGAUGACGGGGAAAAUGAAUUCGAUUAGAUUCA